CGGCAUUCUGGGUACCUAUAUGAGCCUGUGGUGUUUUGUCAGUGGUAACAUUAGCUUUCGUAACCACUUCGUUCUCGUGAAAUACAUACAUUGAGCAGAUUUCAAGCCGAGGAGCGCUUUGUUUUUCAAUCCAGCCACGGUCGCAAUUCGCAUGGGCAGAUUUUCAAAAGCAAAAAGAAUCGCCCUUAGUAUCGUAUCGGUAUAAACAAAUGUUAUUGGUAGGUAGCGUAUCGCUCAUUACUGAUUUUUCGAAGAAUGGCUGUCUUUAAAACGGAGAAGAGGGAAUCCUGGAAUCGCCGGCGAAUCCCAGAAAUUGAGGAUUCUGAGAAUAUUAAAACCAUGCAUUACCUUCAAGAUAGUGUAACGAAUACUAAUAAAAUACUGUUCCGAAGUUUUUAUUAAAUCUAUGAUUUAUACGAAUUAUUAUAUUAGACAGCAUAAUUUAUUCAUCCGACAUCCUGACCUCUUCGUUGCGAGAACAAACGCUUUAUCCACGGGCAAUAAUGGCGAACAAACAAAUUCGCAAGCGACAGUUAGAGGAAAAACUAGGCCUGGCUCAAAACGAUAUCAUCAAGAACGGCUUCGACCAACAAACGAUUGACAUCAUUUGGGAUAUUGUUCAUCAGAAAUGCGAUGGUCUCCGAGCCCAUCCCUUAAUUUCCCAAGACGAAGCUUCGUGGCCAGACUGGGUAUUCUUUCUCGUAGUACACAACACGCACGCGGCGAUUUGGGCUAUCGAAGAGAAACACUUAAGUACAGUUGAAAUGGUCAACCAAGAUUAUCUCACCCCAUACGAUGUGAGCGAAUGUAUAGGAACAAACUCUGUCAUUCAUCGAUUUCACGUCGUAAUACGGGAAGACGGCAGAUAUUAUGUACAAAAUGACGAGUUGAAAUUUCAUGGAAAGCAACCGGAAUUUGAUGUCAGUCUUUAUGUGGGAACAAUAAAACUUUCCCUUCGAGGCGUUCGCGUUGUAAUGGCUAUGAUUGCGAGAGAAAACUAUCUCUUGCUGCAAAGCGAUUGCCUGGGUUACUGCAAAGAUUUUGUGAUGAUGUAUUUUGAGUUGAUCGAAGAGGAACUUACUGAAGAUCAUGUGAAAGUCUUAGAAGCCUUGACAGUCACAACAAAUGCAUUGUCGGCCGCAAGUGAGCGAAGUGGAAGACAAAAUCCGACCUCGGGUUGGUCGCUGCGGUCGCUUCUUACAUCAACGUUUGUUCAAGUGUACAUCGGGACAGUUCUUGGGGGAGCAACACUGUUCCUCUUGCGUCGCGUACUAAGUUAGGAAGUAGCUUACUCAAUCGUCGUAACAAAUAUCCUUUUGUAGCUAUAGUGAAGCACUUUCGAGCUUUCUAGCUUUACCAGACUAUCCUAAAUGAAGUGAAGUUUUGUAGACCCGGGUACAUCGCACUUCUCAUCGAAAUCAAGGUGUUUCCUACCCCUUCUAUAUAAGGCUAUAUUCUGGGAUGUUACAUACGUUAUGCACAUGUGGCCAUAUCAUAUGAAAUGAUGAUACGCCUGGCUUAACGUCAAACUUGAAGCUUAUA